AUGGAUGAUGGCAGUUUGUACUAUGCAGUCAUUGAGAACGAUUUUGCCAGACUCACCGAGCUGCUUCAACAAGGGGGAAAUGUUGAUGAAUUUUAUGAAGAUACCAUGAACAUUAGCUCUAAAUCUUUGCUGCAUGUCUGCUGUGGGAAAGGGCAUGUGGAGUGUUUGAAAGUAUUGAUUGAGCAUGGAGCACAGCUUGAUGUGAGAGACAAAUGGGGCCAGACACCACUCAUGUACAGUGUAACCAUACAGUUUCCAGAGGUGGCUAAGGUUCUGUUAGAUGCUGAUGCUGACUUGGUCAGUUGUCAAGACCGCUAUGGCAAAGCUCCUCUUCACUGUGCUGUUGAAGCGGGGAGUGAUGAGCUGGUACAGCUGCUGCUGCAGUAUGGAGCUGAUAUCAACAUCAGGUGCCAUGAUGGAAUGACCCCUCUUAUGAUGUGCUGUACAGCAGAUACCGAUGGCAAGAAGGUCGGAGUGAUGAAAGUGUUGUUGGAGGCUGGAGCCUUGAUUGAUUUAAAAGACUUUCGGGGGAAAAGGACAGCUUUGCAUGUGGCAGCUUCAUCAGGCAAUACACAGGCAGUAGAGAUGUUAAUUGCAGCUGGGGCCGACACCAAUGAAAUAGAUAAAACUUUACGCACACCACUAACUCUUGCAGAAAACUUCAUGAAAAUAAUAUCCUUGCUGGUUUCUGCUGGAGCAGAUUUGAAUGUGAAUGUUACUGAAAGCUGCAACCCAUUGUUGUCUGCCACACUUCUAAAGUCAGAGCCAAUGAUCAGUUACUUCCUGUCUAUUGGAGCAGACCCCAAUAUAAAAUUCUCCUCAGGUGUAACUCCAGCUCUAGUGACUUCCAGCACCGGAGAUCAUCAGAGCCUCAGAUCUUUGAUCUUCUACAAUGCAAACCUCACCAUUAAGGGAAGUGUCUACAAGCGCAGGAAACGAAUUGAGUACAUCUUAGAUCCUUUUGAGCUGGCUUACAUGGAAGGUCAUUUAGACUUGUGUGUGCUGAUGGCAAAAGCCGGGUAUAACGUUUCUUUAACUUUAGCCAAUCAGGAAAAUAUUCCGGAAGAAUAUAAAAGUAUUUUGAAAUGGCUCAUUGAUAAGGCUUGCAACCCCCGAUCCCUGUUCGAGGAGGCAAUCUUUCAAAUUAGGGAAUGCUUGGGCUGUCGUUUAGUCAGCGGAGUGGAGUCAUUGCCUUUACCAUCAGCUGUUAGGAGAUCAGUUUUGUUAACUCAUAUACUUACCUGA